GAGGUUGACAGCCACCACCAUUCGCCGCCGGCGCCGAAACGAGAGCUUCCUUCUCCCCUCAUCUUCGCCGCCGUCGCCGCCGCCGUCGCCGCCUCUCCUUCCCCCGGGGGAGCUUCUUUAUAAAGGCGUCUUCGGCGGCAUGGAUUUGGAAUCGUAUUACGAGAUCGAUCGCACGGCGGAGUUCAUCCUGAGCCGGAACUUCGCCAGAGUCGCUUUGCAGGGUCCGAUUUUGCUUUUUUUUUCCGGACAGUUUCCAGAUGACCUGUUAAAGGAUGCAACAAAGGUGGUGAGAGCUUUACAUACGAAACUUGCUUCUCUGAGAGCAUCUUCUGGUGAGGAAAUCGGAGGAGAUGGUGACAUCGGACUAUUUGUGAUGGCAGACACCACCUUUGGUAGCUGUUGCGUGGACGAGGUUGGGGCUUCACAUAUUAAUGCUGACUGCGUCAUACAUUAUGGGCAUACUUGUCUUACUCCCACAUCAACCCUUCCAGCAUUCUUUGUUUUUGGAAAGGCUCCUAUAAAUGUAUCAAAUUGUGUGAACAACCUAUUGCACACUGCUAGUACAGCUGGUAAACCUGUUAUGGUUCUUUUUGGGCUGGAAUAUGCCUAUGCUAUGCUGGAUUUGAAAAAGGCAAUGUUGGAAGCAUUAGUAUCCUAUGAAUCCCAAGCUGAACUGGAAAUCCAAUUUUCUGAUGUUGUCUGUUCAGUGCUAGAUCCAUCUGGGAAGUCUGGUGACUCUGGCGGAAUCAUGGAAUUGGUUGGUGUAUCUCAUGCCAAUGAUGCUGCUGGUGUAAAAACUGGCACUAGGCACAGCACCGGAGGUCUAGUCUGGAAUGUGCCUCAAGGGCGCAAAGUGGAGGAAUACUCAAUGUUUUGGAUAGGAUCAGAAAAUGCUGCAUUUGCAAAUUUGGUUUUGACAUUCAAUGGGUGUGAAAUAGUCAGAUAUGAUGCGACAGAAGAUCGCUUGUUGACAGAUUUAUCACAACAGAGAAGGAUACUUAAGCGUAGAUACUUCCUGGUGGAGAAAGCAAAAGAUGCUAAUAUUGUUGGGAUUUUGGUGGGGACCCUCGGUGUUGCCGGCUACCUUCAUAUGAUACAUCAAAUGAAAGAGCUGGUCACUGGAGCUGGAAAAAAGGCAUAUACUCUUGCCAUGGGGAGACCAAAUCCUGCAAAGCUUGCUAACUUCCCUGAGUGCGAUGUUUUCAUCUAUGUCUCCUGUCCCCAGACGGCUCUGCUGGACAGCAAAGAGUUUUUGGCUCCUGUAAUCACACCAUUUGAAGCCAUGAUAGCUUUCAAGAGUGGAAGUCAGUGGACAGGAGAGUAUGUUAUGGAAUUUCGGGAUUUGGUUACAUCAUCCCCAGAAGAAGUCAGGAAACCAUCAGAAGAAGCUCGUUUUUCCUUCCUUAAGGGUGGAUAUGUAGAAGACCAAAAUCUGGAUGGGAUUGACGAGGAAGAUAAUGAAUAUCUCGCAUUGGGUCAUGCUACAGAGAAGGCUCUUUCACUGCUCGACAGGCAUCCUGAUUCUGUUGUCAAAGGAACGGCUAAAUCUGGGGCCGAGUUUCUCGCAGCUAGAACUUAUCACGGUCUUGACAUGGAUAGCUACAGUUCUACCCCAGAGCCGUUUAUAGUUGGCAGGAGUGGCAAGGCAUCGGGGUAUGAGGAUGAGAAAAGCUGUGAUAAGGAUUAGAUGGGUCUGAUAAAAGUACAGCCACAUUGGAAUUCCUGGAUGCAAGUUACUGACCAUUGAUCAAUCAAGUUGGUGUGGUUCAGUUGAUGGGCAAAUUCAAGUGGCCCCUCAUUUGAUUCUCUUCUUGUCAUUUUUGAUCGAGUCUCAAUACCUUUCAUGUGGCCGGGAAGCAGGAGGCAGUGACACCGGGUGCGUCGCUUGGGAUUGAAGGGUGCAUCUGUUAAUCAUCCGGAAGUCAGAAAAUGGUGAACAUGGAAUGUAACAUAUGAUGAUUGGUCUCUAGUUUUGGGGGGAGUGUCAUGAAGUACUGGAGAAAAUUCUGUUGUAAUUACAUGGUAGUGAGGGCUUAUGCUUUGUUUGGGUUCUUGUUUCCUCUUUCCUUUUUUCCCCCCAAAGUGACUUUCCGGUUUUAGUUCUUGCCCUGUGAUGGCUUUAGCUUUA